CGACCACUGGGAGAGUGUUCACGAAAGUCUGUGGCGUGAAAGGCUGCUUCAGACUCUAGUUUAAUAUCAACCUCGAGUCGAACGGGUGUGAAUUUGGAAAAGAGAUAAUAGGAGACGUGAGCUCUCUUAAGUACACCUAACUGCUUUAGGACAAUGAACAUUAAUAAAUUUAAAGAAACAUCACAAAGCAACGAGGAACCAAAAUGCGCUAUGUAGAGGAGGAUACUUUGGUGAGAGUAUUCUCCCUUACAUUAUUUGUUUAUGAAAUUGCGUGAGACGCCUUUUGUGUAUAAACUUUCCCUACAAGCCGUCAUUCUAUUAAUGUUACUACUUGUUUAUUCGUGAUAAGAUAGAAAUGGACAGUCUUCUUCAUUUUGAGUGAAACGCUCAAAUUACUUUUUCGGAAUUAAUGUGAAUAUGAUUUAAUUUCAUAGUUAUCUCAUCUUGAUUGCUUUUUCCCCUUCCACAAAACAUGUGCUUAACGUAAUGGCGGCAUCCUCUUGUGCGAAUGUCAUCUACAAACUUGGAAGAACUUUAUUUGCACCUUCAGCCUAUGUAACCAGGUGGUCUUUGACCCCUUUGAGGGGUUCAAUAUGGAGUCCAAGAUAUUUACCUCCAACAAUCUCUAAGAAAGAAUUAUCAGAAGAGUUAGAUGAAACAGAUGAAAGAAAAUAUCGCCCUAUCAAAGCCGCAUGUAAUGAAGAGACAACUUCCAUUUUGUAUGAUCCAGUUCUUGCUAAAUUCACUAAUAUGGUUAUGAAAUCAGGAAGAAAAGAUGCUGCUGCUUUAGUUGUUGAUGAGAUGUUGGAGAGCAUAAAAAUAUCCCAGUUAGAAAAAUAUCAUAAAGCCUCAGACGAAGUAAAAACUGAAAUUGAGUUAAACCCAGUUACAAUAUUUCAUGAAGCCCUUGAAAAUUGCAAACCAGUUCUAUAUCUAAUGAAGGUGCACAAAGGUGGUGUUCGAUAUAAUGUCCCAGUAUGCUGUCCUCCAAAAAGGCAGACAUUUCUGGCAAUGAAAUGGUUGGUCCAGAAUUGUCGUGAUAAAGAGUGGAAAGCGAAGAUGUCAAAUAAGUUAUCUAUAGAAAUCUUAGCUGCUUAUAAUUAUGAGGGACGGACGAUACUGAAGAAACAAGAACUUCACCGGCAAUGUGAAGCCAAUAAAGCAUAUGCUCAUUUCCGUUGGUAAAGAAAAACAAGGCAAAAUUGAAUUGUCCAUCUAAUUUACUGUGUUAAAUAUACAGUAGUUUGAAGUAACUACAAUACACCAAGAGGAAACGUCUAUGGACUGUUCACAUAUCAGCUGAUGAUAAUUCAUAAAAUGAAUAUUCUGAAAAGACUAGCAGUAGAUGUGAAUGCAUAUACAUAUGUGCAUGGUAUGCUGAAGGAAAAGCAGCACUGAGACAGAAAGCUUGUGUCCUGUCAAAGGUUCUGAUUUGAUGUACAGCUAUUUGAUAAAGAAAUUUAAAUAACUGUAGAGUGAGAAAAAAAAAUGUUGUUUGUAAAUUAUAUUAUGUAAAUAUACUGGUAAUUAGAUAAAUAUUUUUAGUAUUAUUUGUUUCGAAACCUGAUUUUAUUUCUUUAUAUAUUUUUUUAAGGUCAGUGGCAUAACCAGUUGAGUACUGGAUAAAAUACUUUGUGAUAAUUAGUUUACUAGGGGUUAACUUAAUUUUUCAUUCUUCCUAACUAGUCAAGUUAAUUAAUUGUACCCUCCUAACAUAAGUGUUUUCUCUGAAAUUUUAUUUCACAUUUUUUUAAAAAUAACAACUAGAUAAUUUUACAAAUUUAGUUGGCAUGAAUUGUUUGAAUAAAUUUGAUUUUUUUUUUUUCUCUCUGGUACAACUAUAAAGUGAUUUAUGCUCCUGUAACUGUUUAGGAGGAAAUAGAACAAAAAAAUUAUGACCUAGAAAAAUAGGAAAAAAUGCCCGACUUAAAAGAAAAGAUCAAAGAGUAAUGUGAGUAUAAUUGGUAACAACAGAAUUGCUUGAAUCUCAAGGGUAAUGGUUAAAUAUUCUGUAGUACUUUUGUACCUUUAUGUUCUGAAUUUAAACCUCACUUAUCAUCUUUGUUUUCAUCCUGAGAGUGGAUGGAGGGGGUCAAUACAAUAAAGCACCAGUCAAUUACUUGAAA